CUCUUUUAUCCAGUUCGAAAAUAGAAAGGCUUUUCCGGAUGAAACUUUAACUCAGAAAAGGUAGUGAGGUUGAAGUAAAAUGAAAUGACUGAAACCGUAAGCUUCUAUGCUUUUCCAUAUUUUCUAGCGGAAUAACCCACAUCAGGAAGUGGUUGUGAUGUGAUUCCCUUUCUUAGUUGACAUCAGGCUGAGUAAUAAUGGUUUACUUUCAAGCAUGCAUUUGAAAUUAAGGCGUUUAUUCGUGCUACGCAUCUGUGGAGCGUGUAACUGUUUUGGCUUUGACGUCAGGUGAGCGCAACACACCCCAUCAUCAUCAUCGUCCUCGUGCUCCAGAGAAGUACGUCUGCUGAGGUGCACUCCGCGCGCCGCUCGGCCCGCCCGGACACUGCAGUGUAGGUUACCGUGCCAUCGCUGCGGCUGCUCGCUCCCGACAUCACGUCCCGCUGCAGACUUGCCGGGUCCGGGGAGAAGAGGGGAGAGCGUUGAGAGCCAUGGCCGAAUCCAAUCCACUGGGGUGGGGGUUCCCUCGGCUGCGCCGGGCCGCGACCUCAUUUCCUGGCAAUCUGCAUUUGGUCUUGGUCCUCCGCCCCACUGGCCUGCUAAGCACCACCCCCAGUCCGUCUUCAAGCACUGACCUGGGCUUCCGCUUCAGCCAGGAUGACUUCUUACUGAAAAUGCCGGUGGUGAUGUUGCGUUCAGUGGGUGACCUGCUGCGAUACAUCGAUGAAAACCACCUGACAUCAGACUUCACUGCCAAAGUGGAGUACUGCCAGAGUGACUGGAUCGUCCUCCGCACGGCCAUUGAGACAUUUGCGGUGACAGUGAAAGAGAUCGCCCAGCUGCUGCAGGGCUUUGGAUCAGAGCUGUCUGAGACGGAGCUACCAGAUGAAGCGAGUGCCAUCGAGUUCCUGCUGCACUCACAUACACACCGAUACAGACAGAUGAAGGAUGAUAUCAGGAAUGUGCUGAAAGAAGGGCGCCUGCUGCUGUCAAACCUGGAAACUGUAAAGGCUUCUAAGAAAGAUGCGGAGGAAGAGAGGGACAUUAAAGGAGACAUGGACACUGUCCAAAGGCUCCUGGCCCAGCUCAGAGACAUGGAGGAGGCAUUCGAUGGCUUCUUUGAGAAACACCACCUUAAGCUGCAGCAGUACCUCCAGCUGCUCCACUAUGAAAUCAGCUUCCAGCAGAUGGAUGAGGUGCUGCAGAGGAUCACUGACCAGGAGAAGGAGAUCACCUUUGUGGGAUCAACUGUGGUUCAGACAGAGCAGCUGCUGAGAGACCUGGAGACACUAGACAAGCGCGCUCAGGAGGAGAUGGCACGUGCCCAAGUGGUGAUCCUGCACGGUCACCAGUUAGCCACCAACCACCACUACGCCCUUGCGCUCAUCGUCCAGCGCUGCAAUGAACUGCGACAUCACUGUGAUGUCAUCACGACUGCCAUACGCACCAAGCGGGCCUCACUAACUCGAGCACGGGACCUGCUGCUCCGCCUCGAGGGGGCUCUUCAUUGGUGCGACGAGGGAGCCUAUCUUCUGGCGAGCCAAAUGGUGGACAAGUUCCAAACCAGAGAGGGAGCUCAGGAGGCACUGCAUUAUCUGAGCUGUCACCAGGAGAGGGCGCCGUCCGCAUUGAAAAACAGUCAGGACACUCUGAGCCUGGAGUUUGAAGCCAUACUCACCCCACAGCUGCAGUCCCAGAUCUCCAUGGUGACAGAGAAGCUGAACUCGAUGCAGUGUAUGAUCAGAAACAGGGAGCAGUGUUUGAGGAAGUUAGCGGAUAUUCAGGUCAGACCGAUUCAGCUGGUGGCCCCGAGACCUGAACCGGACCAGACAUCACAGCGCUGCAAGUCACCCCUCUUCUCCCCCAAACAUGGUGUAGACUUUAAUGUCCUGAACUCAAAAUUCUCCUUUGACCUGCUCCCUGGUAAGAGAGCAGCGAGGAGGAACAACAGUCAACGAAAGAUUGAGGUGAUGCAUGACUUCCAAGGCAACCGUAGCUGUUUGUACGGAUCCACCACAGAAACCGAGUCAGAGACAGAGGACAAUCCAGAGCAGCUCACUCGCCAUGUAAUAAAGGAACUGAUCGCUACAGAGAGGAUCUAUGUGGAUGAGCUGCUCUCUGUUCUUCUGGGCUACAGGGCAGAAAUGGAGGAUCCCUCAAUGUCUAAUCUUCUUCCCUCAGCUCUGCGUAGCCAGAAGGACGUUUUGUUUGGCAACAUGCCAGAGAUUUACCAGUUUCACAGCAGGAUCUUCCUCCAGGAUCUGCAGGGUUGCCUGGAGACGCCUGAGAGGGUGGGGGCAUGUUUCCUGAAGCGGAAAGACAAGUUCCAGGUGUAUGAGCGUUACUGCCAAAACAAGCCCCGCUCAGAGCUGCUAUGGAGACAGUGUUCUGAUUCACCGUUUUUUCAGGAGUGCCAGAAGAAGCUCGACCACAAGCUGGGUCUGGACUCAUACCUCCUAAAACCAGUGCAACGUCUGACCAAGUACCAGCUGCUACUCAAGGAGCUGUUGAAGCACUGCACAGAGGAGCGAUAUCGCUGUGAGCUGCAGGAUGCUCUGAACACCAUGCUGGAGCUGCUGAAAUCUGUCAAUGACUCAAUGCAUCAGAUCGCAAUUACUGGAUAUCAGGGUGAUCUCAGCCAACUGGGCCGGGUGGUGAUGCAGGGCAGCUUCAAUGUGUGGAUCAGCCAUAAGAGGGCAGCGGUGCGGAUGAAGGAGCUGGCCAGGUUCAAGCCCAUGCAGAGACAUCUCUUCCUCUAUGAGCACGCCCUCCUCUUCUGCAAGCGCAGAGACGAAGACUCUCACGACCGCACGCCUUUCUACAGCUUCAAAUCUUGCCUCAGGAUGAGUGCAGUGGGAAUCACAGAAACUGUUAAAGGAGAUGUGAAGAAAUUUGAAAUCUGGUACAGCGGAAGAGAAGUAGUGUACAUAGUUCAGGCUCCCACAGUGGAGGUCAAAGUUGCCUGGCUAACAGAGCUUCGAAAAAUCCUCACAAACCAGCAGAAACUUUGUCAAGAUGAGGCUCCUUCUCUUCCCCUCUCAGACAAUCUUCUCUCUGACAGUGCAUCAAAGAUGUGUGUGUCGUGGGGCGGAGCACCGGUGGGAGGCUGCUCAGCGUGUCUCCCUGUUCCUCACAGCUCCUCGAUAACAAGCCACUCCUUCAAACACAGAGGGGAGGAGUCUGUACACACUAGCCCCGCCCACUCGGACCCUGUUGUCCACUCACCUCGACGCACUUGGCCCGUCCAUGCACACUCAGUGGCGAUCUGUGAUGGCCUGGAGGACUGGGGUGCUACAGACCUGUCCAACAUAUCAGACUCAGACGAGGAGGAUCAGCCCGCCCCCCUGGUGGCGGGCAGGUACAGGGUAAUGGUGGAGAGCAGCAUGGCCAGCACUGAUGACAUUGUCUUUAACUCUGGUGAUGUCAUCCAGCUGCUUCACGAGGAGGUGUCGGGGAUGUGGAUGGUGAGGAACGUAAGUCGUGGUGAAGAAGGCCGUGUUCUACCUGAGGAUCUGCACAGGAUUCUGGGAGAGACUUGCUGAAGGCCAAUCAGAACAGAGACGGGCAUCUGACCCUGCAGAGACGUUCAUCAGACCAUCAGAUGAAGCACAUCAACCUUUAUUUUCGUCUUCAACUGACUUUGACACUUCCACCUCAGAGAGCUGUAAACUACAGAGCGGACCUCAGAAGAAUGUAACAAUGAAAAGCACACAUGUGUGAACUCACAGAACAGAAGCCUCAUUUUAUUUUUCUGUCUUUUCCAGCAUAUUUCAGAGAGACAUUUGGACUUACAAAAGAAGACACUGAAGAGUAGUGUCAUCCAUCCAUAGAAAAUGGACUUGUGUUUAGGACUUUCAUCAUUUCUAUUUUCCUAUUGAAUAUCAUAGGACUGGUGUUUAUGCUUUCUAACAUAUCACUGUUAAUGUGCCAAACAGCUCAGAUGAUUCUUGUGGCUUCUUUUUGACUAACAUUGUCACAUGAUGAAAAAUAGCUUUACAUUUUUGCAUCCUUUUUUGUAGAGGGAUUAAAACCCACCAUCAGUAAGCUUCAUCUUUAGAGGGUGUGCAUGAAGCGUUGAUGUUAAACCAAAAUUGCCAUGGUUACUUUAUCUCUUAGUGGUGAAAAGAAAUAUUCAGACUCUGCCAGGUGGUGUUGAUGGUAGAAAUAAAUCAAAGAAAGAAAAGGAGAAUAUUACAAAAAUAUAUUCCUUUACUAUUCAGUAAAUUAUAUUCUGUUAUGCCCUGAUAAAAAUACUGUAUUAUAUAUAUGCAAGAUGACAGAAAUUCCAGAAUCACAUUUCAGUCACAUUUAGCUUUUAGCUGAGCUGUAGAAAUGAGUUCUGGUAAACCGACAGAAGCUAUUUUCUUCAGUUAUAUCCAUUUUUUCCUCUUCAGAUAUUGAUAGAUGUACAAGCAAGGGGUUCAGAGACAGUAGAUGCAAACUGUUAUGACCACACUGGUUUGCUUUUGUGCAUAUUGUGAUCUGAUUAUUGUUUAAGGCAGCUGCAGCAUGUGCUUGAGGAACACAGAGAAAGAAACUUGGCAAUUUUGAGAGAAGAUAUUGCACGUCUCUUUCUGAGCAACAGCAGAAGAUGAUUUUGCCACUUUAACUAACAAGUCCAGUUUAAAUCCUCCUUCAAGAUAUGAAAAACUUACAUAAAGUAAAACAUGCAUACAAGGUAUGGCUAUUAAAAAUGAGACUAAUGGUGUUAUACAAUUUUAUUGAACAUUGAACAUGUUUCAAUGUCUUUCUCUUUCAGUCUACCCCCCUAGCCCUGGUUGACAUUUUUUAUUUCAUUUAAGCUAUUCAGGGAUUAUUUUUUGCUUUCAUAUCUUGAAAUAAGAUUAAUAAGUGGUCUUGUUAUAUGCAUGUUGCUGAUAAUGGUAGUAAUAAGAUGGAAAUUAGACAAAUACACUUGCUCAGAAUUGAGUUUUUGUCAUAAGAAAGGGAUAUGUAUGUAAAACUAUCAAUGCAUACCCUCUCUAGAUAUAUAAUUGGAGAAAAGUCAUACUAAAGAAAAUCUGCACCAUAGCUGGCACUUUUCUUGUUUAGUGGAAGAGCUUAGUAGAGCAGGACCAUCAGAUGUUGUUGGUGUAUUAAUGCAGAUACAGGUCAGCACAAAAGAUGGGACAAAGACUGUAGAACAAACUUUGUGUACUAGCAUAGGACUUCUACAUUUGCACUGACAGUACGUGGUUAUUCAGAUAUUUGAAAGUAGCUUGAUUUGUCUAUUUGAUUGUUAUGUUUGCUGCUGUUAAUGGUAUGUUAUUGCUGCUUUUUUCCAGUUUGUUUUUAUAUUUGCUGUGAUUGUAAAACCCCCCCACCAAAGGAAUCUCACACAGCUGGCACUGUAACCACUGAGAUGAGCCAAGCUUUACAUUUCUGUUUGCUGCUCUGCAUGGACAAAUCCCUACACAUUUCUAUUGCAUUAUGUCUGCCUGUACUGCUGCUUUCUGUUGCAUUACACCAGCCGGGAGACUCAGCUCAGUGUUGGGUGGUAACUGUAAAUAGAGUAGUGUAAAACCAAACUAUCACAGUUACACUGAUUCCUGAAUUAUUUAUUUUGAAAUCAGGUUACUAAAUUAAUGAUGAGAAACAUUUUUUCCAUUUAUUCCAAACUGCCUGUUGUUAAAACUGCCUGGACUGGUUUUCUUUGACUGUUACUUGUCUUUGAAAGAGAGUAAAAGUGGUUAACGUGACACUGCCACUUAUUUGCCAUGUCAACUAAGUUUAUCUGAGGGGCAGAAAGUGUAAAGCUACCAACAGUAGGGGAAGUCAACUGCACUUUACUGUGAUUAUGUAAAUGGUUCAAAUUUCAGUUUUACAGGUAGAAAAAUAAACUUUAGACAGUAGUGGUGUAAAAAUGUAAAACUAGUUUGGACAGUUAGAUGUUUACAAACUACCAUCAAGCGACAACGAUUCUUAGUUUCCUACAAUAUUAGCAUCAUCUUUGGAUGGUAUAAUACCAGUGAUGACUCUAACCUAAACUCAAAUAUGAAUAUAGAUCCAUUUUCACUGUAUGUGACACAUGUGGUGACAUUUUAGUCACUGAUAGUGGGUGUCAGACUGCCUAAAAAAGAUCCAUUCAAAAAAACUCUUUAAAAAAUUCACAUCAAAUUUGUUUAUCACUUGACACAGGCUGAAUUAUACCAUCAGCAGUAACACAUGACUUUGUUUAGUUAAGCUAGAAUCAGUCUUUUCCACAGUACCUUAAACUGGUGUUUGCUACUUUUGCUCAUUUUGCACUUUUUUAUACUUUGAACCAUUGUGAAAGCUUGUAUAUUAAUGCAUAAUGUACAUGUUUAUUUUCAAAAUGUAAGCACAGUAUUAUUCAAUUUGACUCAACUUGACUGAUGUCUUUAUUUCUCUAUAAAAGUUUAUAAGCAAAGUAGAAAAUAUGCAAAUUUGAAAAAAUGUAAUUUGCUCCAGGCUCUACAGGAUCUCAAAUGCGUGAGAAAAGCAGGCUUUUUAGUAGAGGCAGGUCUUCAUUUUUGUUUUAUUAGCCAAACCAGUCAUAUAAUCGUUGCUAUUGAUCAGCUCCAGAUUGCCCAAAAUCAGUGUUUACACUGUUAUUACAAACCAAAAGAUUUUUUUUAUCCAUUUAAAAUGAAAUGCCUCAAAUUUACUUGUUGGGAGAAACCUGCAAUUUCUUUAAAAACGUGUAAAAAAAAAUGUUUUUAGGAAAGCUUGAAAAAGCAGAAUUUCAAAGUUCAUGCAUGGUAAUGUACAGUGCCUAAAAAAGUGUUUAACUGCCCUGGAUGUUGUACACUUUUUUUGAUUUUACAAAUCAAUCAUGGUCCAAAUAAUUUGGUUUUGGUUUUUACAAAAAAUACGAAAAAAAUACAAAUUUCUACAAAGUAAUGUCAAUUGAAUAACAAUAUGUAAGGUCAAAUAAGGAACUGCAUAAAUAUUCACCCCCUUUAAAGUGACCUACUUAAACAGAGGUCCAGCCAACUGUUGCUAGCAGUCCCAAAGUUGGUGGAAUGGGAUCACCUAGUGCUGUUGGCGUGUCUGAGGAGGCUGUUGAGUUCACUAAAAGGCAUGUGGGAGACUCCGUGGUUAAGUGGAAGAAAGUUCUUUGCUCUGAUGAGAUCAAAACUGUGCUUUUUAGCCAUUGGACAAGACAUUAUAUUUGGCAGACACUAAACACUGCACAUCACCACAAACGAAGGUAGAGGAAGAAAUGAAAGCGGCAAAAUAUGGGAAAAUCCUGGAGGACAAUCUCAUUCAGUCUGCGAGAGAACUACAGCUUGGGAGAUUUAUUUUCCAGCGAGACGAUAACCCAAAGCAUACAGUGAAGGUG